AAAACCAGUUAAAAAUCAAAGAAGAAAAAGAGGAAGUGGAGGAACAGUCAGUGCAAUUGGAAAGCCUUCCUCUUCCUGCCGUCAAAGAAGGUGAAAAUAUAAUGAAAAUUGAGAAAGUGGAAGAAAAGGAAAUUAUAAAAUUGCCAGUAAUAGUAAAAUUAGAGAAACCUUCAGAAUUCAAUGAAGAAAAACAAACUGGUAAAGAAGAAAGUGACUCAUUUAAAGAAAAUGUCAAGCCUGUUAAAGUAGAGGUGAAGGAAAACAAAAUAGAACCAAAAGACUUAAAAGAAGUAAAAAGUUGUACGGACAAAAUAGCAGUUCAUGAGCCGGAGAGGUUAGAAUUUUGUGUUAAUGUCAAAACUCCCCAAGAAAUUGUGGAGAAAUCUGUGGAAGAAAGUGAGAAACUUAAAAAUGACCAGCAGGCAAAAAUCCCACUUAAAAAACGAGAGAUCAAACUGACGGAUGACUACGACAGUCCGAUAAAGGGGCCUCUAUGUAAAUGUGUUACUCCAACAAAGGAUGUCUUGAAGGAAGAAGGGAAACCAGAAGAAGAAGCUUUUAAGAGAGUCCCUACAAUUACUGCUUUAUGUCCUGAUGGGAAAAUACUAGUAAACGGAGAGGUUAGCUGUGAAAAAAUCAGCCCAAGUGUCAUACAAAACAGUAGGUCAGAACACUCUGCUGGCAUGAAGGAAGACAGCAGCUCGUUGAAAGAGAGAAAUGGAAAAAGCGGAGAAAAGGUAUCAGACUCCAUAAAUUCUGUUAGUAAAAUUAUAAAAGUGUGUGAAGCUGAGAAAAAUGCAGUAACUGUGGUGAAAGAAACGGGGGCUGUGGUCUCUGAGGUUUCUAAUCAGAAAGUGCCUUUAAAAGAGGAAUCUAGUCCUGUGGAAAAAGAGUCCCUUGACAGCACAACUACUGAAACGGUAGUGGAAGAGUCUUCAAACUCUGAAGACUGUGCCAAAACAAUGGAAGAUAAACUAGCUGUGAAAAUCAAAAAGGACAGACUGCCACCACCCAAAGAAUGUUUAGAGAAGCUAGAGAAGUCCACAAAUGCAUCUCCUCCUGCAGAACUGCCCAAGCUUGCACUGUCUGAUGAAGAGACUUUGAAAAGUAAAGGUGAGUCUGAAGAGAAACCUGAUUCUCCAAAAGCUGCUGAGAUACCCCCUUCAUCUACAUCUCCCGUGACUUUAGAGAAGCCUGUGUUGGACAAGGAGGGCUCUGACAGUAAAACAGCUCUACCUGAGGAGAGCAAAGUAGAAGCAAAACCCAGCCUUGAAAAACAAAAGGAAGAGCCAGAAGCUGCCAAGACAGAGCCAGAUAGAUUAGAUGAUGCUCAUGCUUCUAAUCUAGAAGACUCCUCAGAGAGUAAAAAGGAAUCUCCACUACCUAAAAGCAAAUUUAAAUAUAAGCUAGUCUCUGAAGAAGAAAGCUGUGCAACAGAUAAUAAAGAAAUAACUUCAGAAAGGCAAAAAGAAGGAAUUAAAUUAACAAUCAGGAUCUCCAGUCGGAAGAGAAAGGCAGAAACGCCGCCAGAAGAGGUCAGCAUUGGCCGCACGUUGAGGCGAUCUCCAAGAAUAUCCAAGCCUACUCCAAAAGUUGUGGAGACUCGGGAUCAGAAACCUGAUAAAAAACGACCUGAAGAGGAAGAGGAGAAACCUGCAGCAGCACAAAAACCAGAACGAAAAGAAGAUGCAAAAAAACACGAGAAGGAAUCAAAUUCAAAGGUUAACAAGAGAAGCAAAGUUCGGUGGACGGGUACGCGGACGCGUGGCAGGUGGAAAUACUCAAGUAACGAAGAAAGUGAGGACUCAGAGAGUCAAAAAAACUCUGAUGAGGAGGAGGAA